AUGGGUAUACAUGGGUAUACAGGGUAUGCAGGGUAUACAGGGUAUACAGGGUAUACUGGGAGUACAUGGGUAUACAUGGGUAUACAGGGUAUACAGGGUAUACUGGGAGUACAUGGGUAUACAUGGGUAUACAGGGUAUACAGGGUAUACAGGGUAUACAAGGUAUACAAGGUAUACAUGGGUAUACAGGGUAUACAUGGGUAUACAGGGUAUAACAGGGUAUACUGGGAGUACAUGGGUAUACAUGGGUAUACAGGGUAUACAGGGUAUACAAGGUAUACAAGGUAUACAUGGGUAUACAGGGUAUACAUGGGUAUACAGGGUAUACAGGGUAUACAUGGGUAUACAGGGUAUACAGGGUAUACUGGGAGUACAUGGGUAUACAGGGUAUACAGGGUAUACAAGGUAUACAAGGUAUACAUGGGUAUACAGGGUAUACAUGGGUAUACAGGGUAUACAGGGUAUACAUGGGUAUACAAGGUAUACAAGGUAUACAUGGGUAUACAGGGUAUACAUGGGUAUACAGGGUAUACAGGGUAUACAUGGGUAUACAGGGUAUACAGGGUAUACAGGGUAUACAUAGGUAUACAGGGUAUACAUGGGUAUACAGGGUAUACAUGGGUAUACAUGGGUAUACAGGGUAUGCAGGGUAUACAGGGUAUACUGGGAGUACAUGGGUAUACAUGGGUAUACAGGGUAUACAGGGUAUACUGGGAGUACAUGGGUAUACAUGGGUAUACAGGGUAUACAGGGUAUACAAGGUAUACAAGGUAUACAUGGGUGUACAGGGUAUACAUGGGUAUACAGGGUAUACAGGGUAUACUGGGAGUACAUGGGUAUACAUGGGUAUACAGGGUAUACAGGGUAUACUGGGAGUACAUGGGUAUACAGGGUAUACAGGUAUACAGGGUAUACAGGGGCAUACAGGGUAUACAAGGUAUACAAUGGGUAUA